UCAGGUUUUAGAACAAUAAUUAACCCUACACUGCAUUUUAUAGCAAACAUUCCGAAAUAAGGAAAGGAUAUUUAUCUAUAUUGUAUUUAUUAAAGCAGGAAAUGGUUAGAUUAAUUGAUAAAGUUAAGCGUAAGUGAUUCUCUAAUAAACUAAAAUGCCACCUAAACAACUGACGAAAGCUUCAACUGGUUCAAGACCGAAAAGUACAGCGACAACUGAGAAGAGGAAAGAUGAAGUCAAAUCACCAAGAGAAGCUGAAUCUCGUGAAGUGGUUUUAGAAAGGGAGAUAAUGAUGCUACGGAAGAACCUUAACAUGACUGAAAUUAUGAAAGAAUUUCGAAAGACUGUACCUGAAAGCCACAUGCAGACUAUGUUCUUUGAAUCACUUCACGAGUUAGAGAAUAAGCUCCAGAAAUAUGAGUCGGGUACGGGACUUCCAGCAAGAGGUAGUUUAUCUGAUCUCCAAAUGGACCUCGACAGGGAAAGAGCAAAUAUAAAGUCGCUGAAACAAGAAAUCAGUGCCAAGAACAAGAUGUUAGACGACAACAGAAAGCUGAUCAUCGAGAAAGAUAAAGCGCUCAGAAAGUUUGAAACGGAAUUUGAAUUACAAAAAGCACAUGCCAGACAUUCUGCUGAAGCUGUUGUCAAAUUGCAAAAGCUACAGACGGAGCACGAGGCCUUCCAAAAGAAUAUGUAA